AUGUCGGCGCAAGUAUUCAGCAGUUAUGUUCAUGCUGGCUUGUGGGAGAUCGUGGACAAGGCCCCCCUCCUGCCAAAGGACAUCCGGUGGCACUUUGUGGGGCAUCUCCAGCGCAACAAGGUGCGCAGCUUGCUGGGAGCGGUCCCCAACCUGGAGGUGGUGGAGUCGGUGGACGGCGAGAAGCUGGCAGACAAGCUCAGCGCAUUUGUGCUGGAGGAAGAGCGGGAGCCGCUUGGAGUGAUGGUGCAGGUGAACACCAGCGGGGAGGUGAGCAAGUUUGGGGUGAGCCCCGGGGAAUCGUGCAUUGGCUUGGCUCGGCACAUCCACCAGCAAUGCCCGGGCCUGAAGCUGGUGGGCCUCAUGACCAUCGGCAUGGCAGACUACUCGUCACGACCGGAGAACUUCACGUGCUUGGUGGAGUGUCGGCGGGCCGUGGCGCAGGACCUGGGGUUGCAGGAGGCGGACCUGGCCCUGAGCAUGGGCAUGUCGGGGGACUAUCAGGCCGCCAUCGCCAUGGGUGCCACCCACGUCCGGGUGGGCAGCUCCAUCUUUGGAGCAAGGGACUACAGCAAGGCAUAG